UGGAUGGGAGCUGUAGUCCCCAAGGCAAGGCCUCGUUGCUAAGCAGCGGCUUGGCCGGCGACGCUUACGAAGCGGGACGGUUUCUGCAGGCGUCGCAUACCUGUGACGCCCUUUUUAAAGCGCGCCCGGAGAGGCAAAGCGGCGCGCCCGGUUACGAGCGUGGGACGGGCCUUAGGAAGGGGAAAGGCCGCCGCCGCUGCCAUGAAAGAGACGCCGCUGUCCAACUGCGAGAAGCGGUUCCUGCUCCGGGCUAUUGAGGAGCGGAAGGUGCGAGGUGGCGGGACGUGGAUUCUCCGUCUGGAUGGGCGACAAUGCUAUGACUACAGAAACCUCCGCAUUUCCUUUGGCACUGACUAUGGCUGCUGUAUUGUGGAGCUCGGAAAAACCAGAGUUCUUGGGCAAGUGUCAUGUGAACUUGUCGCCCCAAAGCCAAAUCGUGCAACAGAGGGCAUACUUUUCUUUAAUCUUGAACUCUCUCCUAUGGCAUCACCUGCUUUUGAGCCUGGAAGACAAUCUGAGCUGCUUAUAAAACUAAAUCGACUGUUAGAAAGAUGUCUAAGGAACUCCAAGUGUAUAGAUACUGAAUCUCUCUGCGUUGUUGCUGGUGAAAAGGUCUGGCAAAUUCGUGUGGACCUCCAUUUGUUGAAUCAUAAUGGAAACAUUAUUGAUGCUGCAAGCAUAGCAGCAAUAGUGGCAUUAUGCCACUUCCGGAGGCCAGAUGUAUCUGUGCAAGGAGAAGAAGUAACCCUGUAUACCCCCGAGGAGCGGGAUCCUGUCCCUCUGAGUAUCCACCACAUGCCUAUCUGUGUAAGCUUUGCUUUCUUCCAGCAAGGGACCUACUUGUUAGUAGAUCCCAGUGAACAGGAGGAACGUGUAAUGGAUGGUCUUCUUGUGAUUGCUAUGAAUAAGCACCGUGAGAUUUGUACAAUUCAGUCCAGUGGUGGAAUUAUGCUGCUAAAAGAUCAGGUUCUGAGAUGCAGCAAAAUAACCGGUGUUAAAGUAGCAGAAAUUACAGAACUAAUUCAAAAAGCCUUGGAGAAUGAUCAAAAAGUUAGGAAAGAAGGAGGGAAAUUUGGAUUUGCAGAAUCUAUUCCCAGCCAGAAAAUAACAGCUUUUAAGAUAGAUCAAGCCCCAAUUGAUACUAAUGAUGUACAAGAGCAAGCUGAAGAAAUAAUCUCAAAAGCAUUUCCACCUUCCGAAGUCUUGGCCAAGCCCAUUUUAUGGGCUUCUGGCACAGCCCAGAUUGGAGAAGGACAAGAGAGUUCUUGGGGAGAUUUUGAGGAAUCUGAGAAGGAAGAGGAGGAAGAUGAAGUCACCCCAGACGAACCAAUAACUGUAGAAGACCAGAGUAUGGAAACAGGAGACACUGGUGUUCGAACCAGAAGUCAGAAAGAUGAGACAAUCGUGUUGUCUGACAGUGAAGAGGAAGAUGUUGUUAUCCUGGAGCCAGAAAUUGCACUCAGCAGACCUGAGUCUUCCCCAAAGCAGGACAUCAAUAAAAAAACAGCUGGCAAAAAGAAGAAAAAAGCCGUUUGAAGUUUUAUUGUUUAUAUUAAACUUGCUUGCUCUGUAUUCUGUAACUUAGUGUGUAUGUGCACAUGUAAGGAAUUGUCAUGGUGUGUUCACUUGCCUAAGUGCAGUAUCUUUUUCAAAUAAAGUUUAGGCAGAACUGGA